AAGAGAAGAGAAGAGAAGAGAUGAGAUGAGAUACGGUGAGAAGAGAAGAGAUGGAUGGUCCUCCGGAUAACGAUUGCUGCUCAAUUUGUCACGACAACUUCACCCUUCCUUGCCAAGCCAAUUGUUCUCAUUGGUUCUGUGGAAAUUGUAUACUUCGCGUUUGGCAUCACGGAUCAGCACUUAGUCCAUGUAAGUGCCCUAUAUGUCGUCGCACCAUAACUUUGUUGAUACCUUCUGAGGCAUCAUCGCAACACCGUCAUGAGCCAGAAGUCAGUCAGGUUUUACAAAAUAUUCAAAGGUACAAUCGCUCCUUUGGUGGAGGCACAAAUGGUCUAAUUCAGAAAUUACAGGACCUGCCAUUUUUCCUCCGGAGGUUGUUACGAGAAUUGGUGGAUCCCCAAAGAUCUCUUCCUCUUUUUUUCAGAUUACGCAUGCUUUUGGCAAUGCUAGGAAGCGCCAUCUACAUUCUGAGCCCCAUUGACAUUAUUCCAGAAGGGGUCGUGGGACUGAUUGGUAUAUUGGAUGAUCUCGUCAUAGCUCUCAUCUUUUUCCUCCAUAUUGCUGCGAUGUAUCGCACAGCACUCCUUUCCCGGCAUGGAGGUAGUUGAGCUGUCCCAUUAUCAUGUAGUGUUGGAACCAAAGCCAUGAAGGAUAGAUAGAUACAUUUCCAUUUGGAUGUUACAGAAGUUAUACUCAUCAGAGAUCAUUUCAUCCCAUAGAAUCCAUUGGACUCACUGAAUUUCAUAUUUCUGCAAAA